CAAUGGGGCAGAAAGCAGCUCCUCGUGGAGUUGGGCAGAAGACAAGGCGUUCGAGACUGCAUUGGUGAUAUAUCCCGAUGGCACAGCAGACCGGUGGGAGAAAAUCGCAGCUUCUGUCCAAGGAAAAACAGUGGCAGAAGUUAAAAUUCACUAUGCACUUUUAGUGGAAGAUGUAAACGCCAUUGAAGCUGAUCUUAUUGAAGUGCCUUCCUACAGUUCUUCUGCAUCUACUAUGAAGCAUAGUGGUAGCGCGAAAAGCAAUGCCAAGAAGGCUUAG